AUUUGGUGUUUACGUGGAAUACACUUUAUGCACUCUCUUAUCCUUUUAAGCAAAUAUAACCAAAAACGACAGAAUGAUUGAAAUUACAGAUCUGCAAAAAAUCGGCAUCGGUUUGGCUGGCUUUGGCAUAUCAUUCUUAUUUCUUGGCAUGCUGCUGCUCUUCGAUAAAGGCUUGCUUGCAAUAGGAAACAUCCUUUUCAUUGCGGGUCUUGGCUGCGUUAUUGGCGUGGAGAGAACUCUACGCUUUUUCUUUCAACGUCAUAAAGUUAAAGGCACAACAGCAUUCUUUGGAGGAAUUGUCAUCGUGCUGCUUGGUUUUCCCAUUAUUGCAUGCCAUGAAUUAUGGUUGCACUUUUCAGUGGCUUCUUCCCUGUUGCCAUCAAUUUUCUUGGCCGUGUGCCGGUUCUAGGAUCACUUUUCAAUCUACCAUUUAUGCAAAAGAUUGUACAAAAACUUGGUGGCGACGGAAAUCGAACAAGAGUAUAAUAUUAAAGAAUAUGUAGGAAGUACAUUAAAUUAUACGAGAAUAAUUUUGUAUAAAUUAAAUAAAUUUGUUGUUGUGGAGAAAAAGAAAACAGUUUGUAAAACACAAAAUGCUUAUAGUAUUCAUAAAUGUAUAUAUAAUUACAUAUAUUGAUUAAUGGAAGCAUCAGCGAUCCUAUAAACUGUAAAUAUGCUUAGUUUCUGUCUGCCUGUUUAAUUUUUUUUUUAAUCCUUAGUAAAUCAAUAAAGACUAUUUACAACCCCGA